CUCCACACUCUCGUGCUCUCCGCUUCCCUCUUUCUUCUCCCGCAGACCUCACUGCUCUUUCCUUUGCCGCCCCUCGAGCGCGGCCUCGACAGACCACAGCACCCCUUUCUGGGCCCUAUCACCUCUAGGCCGCUUGUCACACUCGCAUGGAUCGUAACUGGCUCCGCGUUGCUGGUGGGGUGGUGGAGUGGGUGGGUCAGGGAAUGGGUCAGGGAGGGAGGGAUGGGCGGGGCUGGCGUCGAGGCUCGACUGGUUAGGAAAGGCGAGGGCAAGGGCACAGAUAUCCGGAAUGCGUCGCUGUUCACGCUCUACGCGUCCGUCGCGAUACAUCUCGUGCUUGUGCUCUUUAGCGCACCCAUAACCACGCAUCUCGCGCACACCUACCUCCUCUCUCUGCUUCUUUCGAUCCUCACGACCUUCAUCCCCGCGUAUUGUCUGGGUCCGCCCAUCCUGCCGUUCUUCCUCCCCUUCAUCACCGGCGCAGAAUCCCAACCUGGCUCGUCAGCGGCGGUCGUUCAGAACGACACGUGGAUACGGCUCUUCGCUGAAUUUGCUCCACGAACCGCUCCGGAACGUGCGUUCGUCUACCCUGCUAUCGGUACCUUCCUCGGGGCGUGGGCAGGUGUAAUCCCAAUUGGUCUUGAUUGGGACAGACCUUGGCAGGCUUGGCCCUUGACCCCUGCAUACGCCGCCGUCAUCGGCUAUUCCUUUGGCGCACUGGGAGCGCUAGGGAUGAACAUCCUCCUGUUCCUC